CUACACCAUCGGAGCAGUGUGCCGCUGGCCGCUGCCGCCCAGUGCUUUUAAAAACGCGACGCCCAGUGAAUCCGACCAUCCAAGUCGUCGUCCUCCUCCUCCUCGCCUUUCCUCGCAAGAUCACGGCGCGCGCACUCCCACGGAAAAGGGGGGCAGCAGCAAGCGGCGAGCGGGAAUCGCGGCACGCCGGGCUGGGAAUGACGCGCGCGCGCCGCCGAUGGCCUCACAGCCAGAGACGCUAGCCCUCGCGGGGCUCAUCAUCCUCAACUUCCUCCUCACUGCGGCGGCGCUCUUCGUCCAACUCCGCCGCCUCCUCCGCACCCGCCGCAGGCCCCCCCAGCAGCAGCCGCAGGCGCAGCCCAUCCCGGCCCUGCAACCGCCCGGGACCGAGGCGGCGGCCCGCGAGCCGCCCGCGCCGGCGGAGGGGGAAGGGGAAGAGCACGGGGACGAGGGCGGGAGGGAGAAGCAGCGGCGACGGCGGAGGGCGCGGAGGCGACGGCAGCCGCAGGAGGAGGGAGCGGGCGGCGGCGGCGGGGACGGGGACGCUGCCGCUGCCGCUGCCGCGCCCUCCGCGAAGGCGGCGGGGAGCGAGGGGAAGGCGAAGAAGGAGGAGCUGCUGCCGCGGCGGCGGCCGCAGUUCCCGCUCGCGUCGGUGGCCGGCGCGCUCCAGCGGCGGAUCAACGCGCGCUACGACGACCUCGCUCGGGCGAGCGAGGCGCGGUGCCUCACCAUCGAACAGGUUAAUGAGUUUAUUAACUGUCUCAUAGAUGCUAGAAACGAGCUGCUGCAGAGGUGUGAGAAUGUCCAAAGAAGCUUCAAAAUAAAGAAGGCAAUGCUAUCCAACCAUCGAAACUAUAGGUCUUCAUAUGACCGCCUCUUUGAACAGGUACGCAGAUUGGAAGCUGAGCGUGAUAACCUAAAGAAAGAUGCCGCCAUCUACAAUUACAUUCAAGAGCGGCUUCAGAAAUCAGUGCCCUACAAAAUGAUUAUGGAGCUUAGUGCUAUGGAGAUGGAGGCCCCUGAAAUAUCGUUUGAGGAGUUGCUGGCUAAGGAGAAAGAGGAUACCGCCUUCUGGCAGCGUGAUGGGAAGAUGAGGUCAAUCUCAUCCAAGUAGGACGCAAAGGUCCCUAACUUGGGUUGGUGAUUGACGAUGGCAGACUGCAACAUCCUUAGCGUCUCAACAUCAGUAGUGUAAAACCGAAUGCUCUCCCGGGAGAGAGCUGCUAUAUCGAACCGAUGGUGUAGUGUGGCUAUCAUGAUGUUGGGCGCCUGUCACUUACCCCGCCCUAGUGGCCUGAAUCUGGGCAGAUUAAAGAGUGUUGCGUCGUGCUCGUCAGUAAUAAGUGCACUUCCAUAUAUUAUCUC